CUGAGCGCGCAGUGUCUCUCCUCUACGGAGCCCAGAGUUUGAAUCAGGAAUAGAUAGUCAUGUCAGCGAGCGGGUGUGAUCAGGGAGCUGGGGCACAGAAUGGAGCCCACAGUAGCAAAGGGGUCCCCGCUCCGAGUGUUGGCAACAGAGUCACUGUGGUGCUCGGUGCUCAGUGGGGCGAUGAGGGAAAAGGAAAGGUGGUGGAUUUACUGGCUCAGGACGCGGACAUUGUCUGUAGAUGUCAGGGCGGGAACAACGCGGGCCACACUGUAGUGGUGGACUCGGUCGAGUACGACUUCCACCUCCUGCCCAGCGGAAUCAUCAACCCAAAGGUCACGGCCUUUAUUGGUAAUGGUGUGGUUAUUCACCUUCCAGGCCUCUUUGACGAGGCUGCAAAGAAUCAACGCAAAGGAAAAGGUCUUGAGGGAUGGGAGAAGAGGCUGAUCAUCUCUGACAGAGCACACAUUGUGUUUGACUUCCACCAAGCAGUUGAUGGGGUUCAAGAGCAGCAGAGGCAACAACAAGCAGGAAAGAACCUGGGGACCACGAAGAAGGGCAUCGGUCCAGUGUACUCGGCCAAAGCGGCGCGCAGUGGACUCAGGAUAUGUGACCUGCUGUCUGACUUCCAAGACUUCUCCGAGAGGUAUAAGCUCCUGGCGCAGCAGUACAAGUCCAUGUACCCGACUCUGGAGAUCGAUAUCGACGGAGAGCUGGAGAAGCUCAAGACUUAUGUGGAGCGGUUGCAGCCCAUGGUGAGGGAUGGGGUGUAUUUCAUGCAUGAGGCUCUUCACGGCCCCCCAAAAAAGAUCCUCGUAGAGGGCGCCAAUGCUGCCUUACUGGACAUCGACUUUGGAACGUAUCCUUUCGUGACCUCGUCCAACUGCACGGUGGGCGGGGUGUGCACGGGCCUGGGCAUGCCCCCACAGAACGUUGGCGAGGUGUACGGCGUGGUCAAGGCCUACACCACCCGCGUGGGCAUCGGAGCCUUCCCCUCAGAACAGAGCAACGAAGUCGGCGAGCUGCUCCAAACGAGAGGCGGGGAAGUGGGCGUGACCACUGGCCGGAAGCGCAGAUGUGGUUGGCUGGACCUGGUGCUCAUCAAAUACGCCCACAUGAUCAAUGGUUUCACGGCUCUAGCCCUCACCAAACUGGACAUUCUGGACGUGCUGGCUGAGAUUAAAGUGGGCGUGGCCUACAAAGUGGAUGGAGAAGACAUCCCUCACUUCCCAGCCAAUCAGGAGGUGCUCCACAGGGUGGAGGUCCAGUACGAGACUCUGCCCGGCUGGAACAGCGACACGUCCGCAGUCCGGACCUUCGAGGAACUCCCGGAGAACGCCCAGAAGUAUGUCCGCUACGUGGAGGAGCAUCUAGGCGUGCCUGUGAAGUGGAUUGGUGUGGGCAAGGCCAGGGAGUCCAUGAUCCAGCUCUUCUAAGCCUCCCUUCGUCUGAAGUCUCUCUCUCUCUCUCUCUCUCUCUCUCUCUCUCUCUUUCUCUCUUUCUUUCAUUCUGCCUCCCAUUGCCCACGCCUCGUCCUUACACAGAAGCUCACAGCCAGGGUGAGGGGGUAGGAGGUGUGUGUGUGUGUGCGUCUGUGUGUGUGUGUGAGACAUCUGUCUGGCUCAACUGAGUGCAGAGGCCCCUCAUCACCUGUUCAUCCUCCUCCUCCUCCUCCUCCUCUUCCUCUUCCUGGUAGGAGACCAUUGCUCCAACACACAUGGACAUGUGGACGCAGACGGAUGGAGACUGAUGGACGCUUUUUGGACUGUUUUUGUUGUUGUUAUUUUGUUUUGUUAUUUGGGAGGGGGGGACAGUCCUCCCUUCAUGCCAAUGAAUGUUUGCCCAGUUUGCUAUAGAAACACUCUCUCUCUCUCUCUCUCUCUCUCUCUCUCUCUCUCUCUCUCUCUCUCUCAAUGGUCAAUGGACAAUGUCCUUUUUUAGUCAGGAAAAGCUAAUGUGAGCGUUAACGUAGGUUCACAUGUAGCGUCCGGAUUCUGCUAUUCUGAAGCCGUAGGCUUUCAGUUGCCCCAGUCUGAUGUUUGUUUGUGCAAUAUGUUUGCCCAUCAACUCCGGUUACCCCCCACACAUGCUUUUUUUAUGAAGAUGACUCAUCUUGGUUUCACUGGAGGCGUUUUUAAAGUUGUAACUAAGUUUGUGAACGGCUCUCCUUAAUGUGUUUUUGAGCUCUGGUCAGGGAGGUGGGCGGGAUCUGACUAGUUCUGACCCGUAGAGGGCCAGAAUCUCCAGUGAGCAGCCUGUACUGUGCAUUUGUAUACCCACACAGUCCAUUCAUUCAAGAACACCUUCUAGAACACAAACUAUAGGACCUUAGCUCCCGCCUACUUACAAAUAUCAUUCAACGCCAUUGUGCCACUUCUCCACCUAAACAUGAUUAUGGACAUGUUGACCAGUCUAGCUAUAGGUUAACUGAACUGGCAUGGUUGAUUUUGCAUGUACGAGUAAAAGCUGAAAUCCUCAACUUGUAGCAGAAACACAGAAACAAGAAGAUCUCUGUGAUGGUUAAGGCAUGCAAGUGAAAGUGACUUAAUCGGUGCGUUUGUCGACGUUGUGCUGUCUGUCCCCAAUGGUCAUUAUGGGACCACAUGCUCUAGCUCGCCACAGACAGACAGACAGACAGACAGACCGAGACAGACAGACAGGCAGACAUGACAGACAGACAUGUCCUCGUUUUCCUUCCUCAUUCUCAGGACUUCUCAUAUGAUCAGAGCUGUGUAUAUAUUUUAUCUCUUAUUUGGUGUCUGUGUCUUUGCGAGUGCUAAACGAUGAUAAAGGUUUUGGUAAAUGUAGCAUAUUAUUCAGUCCAUGUUUAGUGCUGUAUAGUUUCCAGCGUAGAUGUAAUGUUAUCCUCCUUUUUCCCCUCUUGUCAUAAAUCUCGAGUUACGUGUAGUUGUUUUGUCAUUUAGCCACCGAAAUCUGGUGUAACUCAACCAAUACCGAAAAGCCCCUGAGUGUUUUCAGUCGUACUUCACCAGUGAGUUUUGACCCACAUGGAUAUUCGGUUGUAUGCAAGGUUGUGUGAUUUCAGAAAGUAUAAUCUGGCAUUUCAGUUGCCUCAGGAUUAACAACUGUAUAUUUCAAUCUGGGGACUUAAUUACCUUCAAACACCCAAGGUGGCAUUUAGCCUAAAGGUGUCUAAAAACUGUAACCAGAUAGACACUGCUGCAGACCUAACAUAUUGUUACAGUCACUCUUGGGCAUUUUUCAUAAAGAAUAAUACAAAUAUCUAGUUUUUUCUUGGUUGUGGUAUAAGUCAAGUUUGUAAGGGCUUGGAUGCUGUACACUUUUACCCCAAACUCUCCCAACAUAUGUGCUAAGUAGCGAUAUUAGUAGCUGGAUGAGUUUUUAGAUGCUUUGAUCCAUCACGUGCCAUUGUGUACAUUACAUUGCUUUGACCACUGGGGGGCACUAACUUUGUGAUGUUACCAUUAAGUAAUCGCUUUGGUGCCAUGUAGAGAAUCAGCCAAUAGGUGGCAAGCAUCCACUAAUUCAGGCUAUAAGUCUGCACUUUACUAUUGAGUUUUAGGCAAGACGAUAUAAACAGAAGGGGAUAGAUGAUGUUGAUUUAUUUCAGCUUGCACUGUUUCAUAGCUAGCAGUGAAGCACUAAUGAAUUGUAUGUGUCCUUAGACGUCUGCGCUUUCUCUGGAUCCUUCUUGAGGUAACAGUAACGAGGUAUUUAGUCCGCAUCCACUCAGGCUGCUGGACCAAUGGGAUCAUUAAACUAGCUCUAGUCCCACUGUUGUUUGUUUGUUUGUUUGUGCAUGAGUUUGUCAUCCUGUUAGUGCCUGACAUUGAUGCCGUGUGUGAAGACCUGUAGAGCCAGCACAGGCACGGUCUUCGUCUGCAGUCAUCUCUGCAAUGUGUCUACAGCCUGAAUCAGACGCUUUCAUCAAAGUUACUGUGGCCCUCAUUGGGCUGAUCUGGCCCUGAUCUGGCCCUAAUAGCUUAAUCUUGCUUGGUUUGGCCUUGAUCUGGCCCUGAUCUAGCUUGUUUUGGCCUUGAUCUGGCCAUGAUCUGGCUUGUUUUGGCCUUGAUCUGGCCCUGAUCUAGCUCAGUUUGGACUUGAUCUGGCUGGGCCCUGACUGGUCACUGACUGGUCACUCCGGUCAGCUCCUCCAUAGUAAAGCCCACAGCUUGAACCGUGAGAAACACAGCCAUGUAAAGGGAAUUCUAUAAAUGCUGCUUUCUGUCCUCAUCCCAAACGUUCCCAAACUUCUGUCCUUAUCCCAAACGUUCCUCUUAAAGCUCCCCUCCCCUUAAGCCUCUCUCCCCAUCAGGGGCCAGAUCUGACCGAUGACAAAUAGCAGUUUGAGAACAGAAGUGUCCUGGUAGCAUUGUGUCCUCUCCUCCUUGAUGUUGCCUGAUCAUGUGUUCAGUGCCUCUCCAGUGUUGUAUAAGCAGUUCCAUUCUGUCCGUGGACACCAUGUGGGUCAUUCAGCGGGACCCCUCAGGGUUGCCUUGUUACUGUAGUGUGAAGCCCGUGUCUUUACUUCACUGACCAGCCGCUCGACGACUGCCAGGGCCCCCCUGGACUUUCGAGGUCCGGCCUUGCCGUCGUGAUAUCCGCACGCACAGCGUUAAACAGAAGUGUCUCAACGAACAGGCGGAAUAGUUUAGGCCUGAAGUUGCUCGUCUCCCUGCGCCUGAAGGACUCUGCUGCUCUCAGGCAGCCGGGUGCUGUGAGGUGACAGAGGAGUUCUACUGACGGUGGCUUCGUGGCUGAUUUUAGACGCAACUGAUCUCCACAUGGCUCAUUCCAUUCACGUCUGUUCUUCCUAAAGAAUGUCCCGUUUCUACACACAAUAUAUCAAUCAGAGGUCGCAAUGGCAUAUGAUAGCAUGACCUCUGAUAGGAGACCACGUAUGGAAUAUACGUUACCCGCCUGUACAAUUUAUGCUUACACUGAAAACCAAUGUGUGUGUGUGUGUGUGUGUGAAUGUGUGUGUGUGCCUUUUUUCCUGUAACUGAUUCUACUGAAGCACCAGUCGGCUGCUAAGGGACUUUUUUGUUUGUGUGUGUGUGUGUUUGUUCGUUUGUGUUUUCCUUGUUUAUAACACUUGGCAUACAUUGCCAUGUAUGUGAUGCCACCUCUGUAGUCUCUGUCAGAAAGCUAAGCGCUGGUUUGCGGCUGAGGUACUGUAUUGUUAGGGUAACAUUAUGACUCCUCACAAUAGAAAGUGGGUCUCUGACUGAGAAUCACUAUUCUUAGCUUGUUUGGGCAACGGUUCUAGAUAAGGUGUGCAACGGUUCCGUUUUUCAGAAUGUAGGAACCCUACCCUAGCAUAACCUUCCUACUCCUCUCAGACUCAGAGUUUUUGACUCUUGCUUUGUCCCAUGUUGCAUUCUUCCACACGUUCAUCUGUAAACCAUCCCAAACCCGUGAUGACGUAAAUCGACUUAUUUCUUCUACUAAAAACAAAACAAAAAAGGGAACGGACUCUUUUUCUAGUGGUUCUUGUGACCUCUGUCCUGUAAAGGUCAUUUCCUGAGUCUUAAUGGCUCAGCUGAAUGCACAUUUGCACAAACUGGUCAGCCUUGUCUGUUCCCAACUGUUGCUGUCUUCUCUCUCCAGGGGCUGGAGUGUAUUUGCUGCUGGGUGGAGAAAUAUAUAUGUAUAUUGAGAAUAAUAAUAAUAAAAAAAAACACCACUAUAUUACCUUGGUCUUAUUAUUAUCACUGUAAAGUAGUGAUUAUAUGCUUAACGCUUUUGGAAGGGGAGUGUGUAUGUUUAGAAUGGGAGGGGGUGCAUGUUGUCGGGUCGAUGUGAUUUGUACAGCAGAGAUUUUUUUUGUUUUGUUUGUUUGUUGUUCUGUUUUUUCUUUCUUUGUAAUGAUCCUGAGAUGAUUUGAGCAUAUCAGAUACCCAUGAGCAGUCUGAACAAUACGCUAACAAAUAAAAACGGAACUUGGGGGAUAAGAAAAGAGUACUCUUA